AUGUGUCUAUCUAACGGUUAUGAAGGAGACGUUAUUGACAAUAUGAAAACAGAAGUCAAAGUGUCUGCAGAUGAGGAAGAAUUAGUCGCACAACUCCGCAACUAUCUCACCGAAAAGCUCACUUAUCUUCUCGAGCAGAAUGGCACAAUCAGUAUCGGAGUGUCAGGCGGAUCUAUGCCGAAAGUGUUCAGCGAGGCACUUCUCUCAGUCGCACCAGAGCUCUUGAACUGGAAGAGGAUUCGUAUUUUCAUGGUAGACGAGCGACACGUGCCGAGAGAUCAUGAAGACAGUAACCUUGGAGCAUAUCUUCAACUCUUCCCACAAGAACUUCAUCAUGUAUUCAUCCCGGUUCCAAUUUCGAAACAAGUAGUGCACACAGCUCAAGCAUACGAGAUAAAUCUCCGAAAGUACCUGCUUCCCGAACAACUCAACACUUAUCCACGUUUCGAUAUUCUCUUCCUUGGCGCAGGGCCAGAUGGCCACACAGCGAGUAUCUUCCCGGGAAAAGAACAACUUGAGAAGAUUACCGAUUUGAAUUGGGUCUCAGUAAUCACAGAUUCACCGAAACCACCGCCAUCUCGUGUCACCAUCACAAUGCAAUGCAUCCAAAACGCGAAAAACGUGGCGUUCAUUCUCACCGGCGCCAACAAAAGAGAUGUCGUGCGCGCUAUUCACGAGGGAGAUAAGAGUAUACCGGCGGCUCAAGCGAGACCAAUGAACAACAAGAUGAUACUGUUUUUGGAUGAGCACGCGGCAGCCGGGGUGCCGAACAGAGAGUCAUCGGAAAGCGAGUCACCACCACCUUUUGACACUUGA